GACUUCUCCAGCGCGCUCACCAAGAACAUCGUGGCCAUGCUGGUGUGGCUCGUGCUCAGCGUCAUCAACGGCAGCAUGGUGCACACCUUCCUCAAACACAGACUCUUCUAUGAGAACCCACGCUACAUCAUGUUUAUCUGCAUGGUGAUAAACGACGCUCUGCAGCUCAGCCUCGUUACAGCGCUGUACGUCGUCAGUUACAUCUUCAGGAAGAUCCACGCCUCCGUCUGCUGCUUCCUGAUAAUGACGGCGGUCCUCACCACCCGCUCCACGCCUCUCAUCCUGGCCGGCAUGGCGUUGGAGCGUUACCUCUCCAUCUGCUUCCCUUUGCACUACAUCCACAUGUGCUCCGUCCCACGCACCUUCCUCCUCAUCUUCAUCAUCCUCAUCCUCACCGCCACGCCCCCACUCACAGACCUGCUCAUCACCGUCGUCCACCAGCCUCUUUCCUUCUUCAACACCCCCAUCUUCUGCGACCACCCGCUGCUCUUCCGCCACCCGUCCAUCUACUAUAAGAACUGUGUGUUUGACGGGGUUUAUUUGUCCUUCGUGGCUCUGACUCUUCUCUACACCUACUGUAAGAUAAUGCUCGCGGCCCAGGCUGCUUCUACUGGUCUGGCCUCGGUGAAGAGAGCGAGAAACACUGUGCUGCUCCAUGGACUGCAGCUGCUGCUGUGCAUGCUGGCCUUUGUAGUUCCUUCCCUUCAGGCGGCUCUCAUCUCUAUUUUCCCUCGCUUCAGUCUGGAGAUCCGCUACAUCUUCUUCCUGGUCGUCUACAUCAUCCCCCGUUUCCUGAGCCCCGUGAUCUACGGUUUUAGGGACGAGCAAUUCAGGAAGUACUGGACCCGGUACCUGUCCUGUCGGGGGAAAACUGUGUCAAGGGUCAGACCGGUGCUGCAGAAAGGGAACAUGUAGGGGAAGUAGAGCGGCAUAGUGAUGGGAAUUACGGCUCUUUGAAGGAAGCCGGAUCUUAUGGCUCCGUUGCUUUCAGAGAGCCGUUUAAUUUGUUAAGGGGCGGGGUUAAUAGGUUCAUCUGCGAAAUAAUCACCUGGAUAAUCAAAGUCAAGUCAAAGUCAACUUUAUUGUCAAUCUUCCAGAGAGAUCGAAAUACUCACUCAGUUUCUCACAAUCCCGAAUAUAAAACAAAUGUAUAUAAAAAGAUGUGUGCAAAUAUGUAUAUACAAAAUUGUCCAUAGCAGCGUAAAAAGAGUCUGGUGCUGGAUUUGAGUGUUUUAGGCUCUCACCAAGUACGACUCGGUUACCUUCGUUCGUACCAAAGAGUCGUUCAAAAGAAUCGGAUCGUUCGCCAACAUCACUAGCGGAGAGAUGACGUAUUGUUGUAGUCCGACCUGGAAGUUAGAAUCUCCUCCGGGAUUUUCACCAUUGGAUUUUGGACUAUUGCAGAAAAUAACAUCUGUGGUUUAUCAUACUUACAUGUUGU